UUAUUUGGCCAAUUGUGAUUAUUUUAUGAUAUAUGUGUAACACGUCAUCAAAAUGAACAGUUUCCUUAAAGUGUUUGUUUUACAUUUUUUUCUGCCUCAACACCUUAACGUAUUUAUUAGAUUUUAGACAAAAAAACAUCUUGUUCAUAUGUGCAAUGAUUAACAAUAUUCAGAUAUAAUCAUGACAUUUCUACUUAUUCUUGAAUAGUCACGUGGUCUUACACCUUCAUCCACCGGAAACGACAGAAAAACUUUAGUCCGUUUUUGGGGGUUAUACUGGACUCACAUCAUGUUAAUUUUCUUUAAAUUAUUUGUUUCUUUUACAUUAAUUUUUAAUACUGGAAAUGGACAAAAAGUUGAUUUAUCUAAUCAAAAGGAUUUAAUUCUGAAAUUACACAAUGGUUAUCGAGGAUUACAAGGAGCGUCAAACAUGAAAAAAAUGAGAUGGAGCGAUAAACUUGCAAGAGAAGCUGAGAAAUGGGUUGGUCGUUGCUGGUACCAGUUUUUAGCUGGUACGAAUGGAGAAAAUAUGUUCUAUCUAGAGUCUGCAUUACCAGACCAAGUGUUGAUAGAACGUGCCAUUGACACGUGGUAUUCAGAAAAAUAUGGCUGGAGACGAUCAGGUGACUGUACAGAUGCUUGCAGUUAUACUCAGGUGGUUUGGUCGAAAACGGACGAAGUUGGGUGUGCUGCUCAUCGAUGUGCACAACUGAAUUUAGUGGAGGAAUUUGUUAAUAAUGGCUGGUUCAUUACAUGUCUUUACAAUCCAAAAGGUAACACUUUAGGACAGAUGCCAUUUGAAGCAGGAAAUCCGUGUACUUUAUGUGAUCUAGGAGAACGAUGUAUGGACAAAUUAUGUGUCAAAAGUGGACUGUCUCGACCUAAAGUUUCUGUACAAAAUCGGCGACCACCAAGACCACGAGUUAAGCCAAUAUUGUCAUUUGAUGAUGUACAGAAACAAAAAAGAGUAUCAAGACAGCUUCCACGAAAUUGGUGGAACAAUGGACCUGUAAAUCCUAUGUUUCUGGAUAGUUUCAACAGAGGACUAACAACGCCUCCAUUUUUUGAUAGUUUCAAUCAAAACUCAAGCCCACCUACAAAACAACAAAUAGAAGAAGUCAUAACGAUUCGACCAACAGACCCAAUACCUAAACAUGCAAAUAUACCUGUCGAUCAGCUACAACUCUUUAUGCAUGAAAGUGCUUUUGGAUUAGAAGAAUUGAAACCGCAGGAAAAUGUAAAACAGAAUGAAACGUUAGAAAGCUUAGUAAUUCCAAAUGAAGACCCUUCAAAGACAAAAUCUCUAUAUGACGACUCGACAAAACCGAAAAAUUUUACAGAUGAUAAUUCUAAAGAUAUUAGUCCAGUGUAUGCACAAAUGACGAUAAAUGGUCCAGUAUUUUCAUUUAGAAGUACUGUUUUUAAAUCACAUCGAAAUGAACAGGGAAAUGAAGCUGAAAAGCAAAUAAAGAAUAGAGAAAUAACAACUAGGUCGACGACCACAUCAACUACAACAACAACAACUACAACCCCGACACCUACAAGAAAAAUUCCAAAAUGGUUUGAGCUUAAAAUAAGUCAAACAGACGACUCUAAUGUCAAACAGAAUAACAAGAACUCGCGUAACAUACCAGAAUUACCCGAACAGAUUCAUAACCGAGGAAAUCAGGAAAUAAAAACAAAUGGAAAGCCACCAACACACUUAAACCAAAGACACAAGUCCGAGGACAAAUCUCCAACAGACAAAAAUCCAGACAAACAAGACCGGCCAAGAAAAGGACCUCCAGGUAGACGUUUCAAGCCAAAGGUACGAUUUGUUUUCAAAACAUCAGUAGCCAACCAAAAUGAAGAAUAUCGUGACGCACAAAUUUUUGGAAGUACCACAAUGUUUCCAGAUCAAACAGCAAAUCCAAACCAGAGGACAGACUUGAUUAACAACCCAGUUUCAGCUGUAACUGCUCCGGCUCCUCCUACUCCUCCACCAAACCCAUUACUCUGUCCAGAUAGUGACACUAACUGUAAACACUGGAAGCAAUAUUGCAGUACCAAUGAUCAUGUAGCUAAAAAUUGUCCUGGAACCUGUGAUACCUGCCCAACCCCACCACCAGAUCCAGUAUGCCCUGAUCUUGAUCCAAGUUGCCAUUUAUGGGCGACAUACUGUGCGCAAAAUGACUAUGUCAGAGAUCAUUGUUUCAAUACUUGUAACAACUGUACAUAUGCAGUACAUGGUAAUACACAUAUGGGUUUCGGUCAUGGAUUUCAUCACAGUGGCAAGUAGAUAGUUAGAGUUACACCGCCAGCGAAUGGAUUAAUGGCAUUACCAUUACUGUCAACAACUUCUACCACUGCAGCUCCUUGUAUAGAUAAAGACCAGUACUGUUCAGGAUGGAAAAAUUUGUGUUAUACUGAUGAAUAUGUCAAAUUUAACUGUAAAAAAUCUUGUACAUUUUGUAAAUAAUUCACUAAUCCGUCAACCUCAUCUAUCUUUGAUGUAUUUACUGUUAACCUGCACUGCAUUGUUUCAUGUUCAUGUAAUUGUUUACUCUUCGGUGAAAAUAGUCCUCUUAUUGUUGUCAUUGUUCUUGUACUUGUGACAAAAUAUGUGUGUACAUUUCAAAUCAUUAUUUGACUGAAUAAACAAUAUUAAC